CAAGAUGGCGGUGGCGGCGCAUGCUCGGAGCGCGGCAGGGGAGGCCGGCGCUGCUGCCCGCGGCCGCUGAAGGGGCGGGCGGGGAGUAGCGGCGGCGGCCAUGGGCGAGACCGAGAGGCUCUAUUAUGUGUACAGCUGCGACCUGGACAUCAACGUGCAGCUGAAGAUAGGAAGUCUGGAAGGGAAAAGAGAACAGAAAAGCUACAAAGCGCUCUUGGAAGAUCCUAUGCUGAAGUUCUCGGGACUGUACCAAGACACUUGCUCUGACUUGUAUGUAACUUGUCAGGUGUUUGCAGAAGGGAAGCCUCUUGCUCUUCCAGUUAGAACUUCCUACAAGGCUUUUAGCACUAGAUGGAACUGGAACGAAUGGCUGAAACUGCCUGUGAAGUAUCCAGACUUGCCUCGAAAUGCUCAGGUGGCUCUGACCAUCUGGGAUGUGUACGGACCUGGUAAAGCUGUUCCUGUGGGAGGAACAACAGUCUCACUCUUCGGAAAAUAUGGUAUGUUUCGACAAGGAAUGCAUGACUUGAAAGUCUGGCCCAAUGUAGAAGCUGAUGGCUCUGAGCCCACCAAAACUCCUGGGAGAACCAGCAGUACAGUCUCUGAAGAUCAAAUGAGCCGCUUGGCAAAGCUCACCAAGUCUCAUCGGCAAGGUCACAUGGUGAAAGUGGAUUGGCUGGACAGACUCACCUUUAGAGAAAUAGAAAUGAUCAAUGAGAGAGAAAAACGAAGCUCCAAUUUUAUGUACCUGAUGAUUGAAUUCCGUUGCGUCAAGUGCGAUGAUAAAGAAUAUGGAAUAGUUUACUACGAAAAGGAUGGUGAUGAGUCAUCUCCAAUUUUAACAAGUCCUGAAAUUGUUAAGAUUCCAGAUCCCCAGAUGUCUAUGACAGUGCCUAAGUACAGUUCUAGAAAAGAUUUCCAUUAUUGUGGAUGCCAAUUCAGUGGGACUGGUAUUGGCAGCUUUGGGAACCUUAAUGAGAACUUAGUAGAAAGCAAACAUCACAAACUUGCUCGAAGUUUAAGAAGUGGACCUUCUGAUCAUGACCUGAAGCCUAACGCAACUACACGAGACCAGCUUAAUAUCAUAGUGAGUUAUCCACCAACAAAGCAACUAACAUACGAGGAACAGGAUUUGGUGUGGAAAUUCAGAUAUUACCUCACACAUCAGGAGAAGGCCUUGACAAAGUUCCUGAAGUGUGUCAACUGGGAUCUACCACAAGAGGCAAAGCAAGCACUGGAGCUGCUGGGCAAAUGGAAGCCCAUGGAUGUGGAAGACUCUCUGGAACUUCUGUCAUCUCACUUCACCAACCCAACGGUGCGGCGCUAUGCUGUUGCCAGGCUUCAGCAAGCUGAUGAUGAGGAUUUGCUGAUGUACCUGCUACAGUUAGUCCAAGCAUUGAAAUACGAGAACUUUGAUGACAUAAAGAAUGGCCUGGAGCCUAGCAAGAGGGACAGUCAAGGUUCCAUGUCAGAAACUAUGACAACAUCUGGAUCUAAUGCUCCAGAAAUAGACAGUGCCCAGAUUAUGAGUCCUGUUCCACCUGUUUCCUCUCCACCGCUUACUUCUAAGACAAAAGAGCUUGCAGAAAAUGAAAACCUUGAUCAAGACCUUUGCACGUUCUUGAUAUCACGGGCAUGCAAAAAUUCCACGUUGGCAAACUACUUGUACUGGUAUGUAAUAGUGGAGUGUGAAGACCAAGAUACUCAGCAGAGGGACCCAAAGACUCACGAAAUGUACUUAAACGUGAUGAGAAGAUUCAGUCAGGCUUUGCUGAAGGGUGAUAAGUCUGUCAGAGUUAUGCGCUCACUUUUGGCAGCCCAGCAGACAUUUGUAGAUCGGUUGGUUCAUGUAAUGAAGGCAGUGCAGCGUGAAAGUGGCAAUCGCAAGAAAAAGAAUGAGCGGCUUCAGGCAUUGUUAGCUGAUAAUGAAAAGAUGAACUUAGCAGAUAUGGAACUUAUUCCACUUCCUCUGGAACCUCAGGUGAAAAUUAAAGGAAUAAUCCCUGAAAAAGCCACACUCUUCAAGAGUGCCUUAAUGCCUGCUCAGUUAUUCUUCAAGACAGAAGAUGGAGGCAAAUAUCCUGUAAUUUUUAAGCAUGGCGAUGAUUUACGUCAAGAUCAACUUAUUCUUCAGAUUAUUUCACUCAUGGAUAAGCUGUUAAGGAAAGAGAAUCUGGAUUUGAAGCUGACACCCUAUAAAGUGCUGGCAACUAGUACAAAACAUGGCUUCAUGCAGUUUAUUCCAUCAGUGCCAGUUGCAGAAGUUCUUGCUACUGAGGAAACUAUACAGAACUUCUUCAGGAAGCAUGCCCCUAGUGAGACUGGCCCUCAUGGAAUCAGCGCAGAGGUGAUGGACACAUAUGUUAAAAGCUGUGCUGGUUAUUGUGUGAUUACUUACAUCCUUGGAGUUGGAGAUAGACAUCUGGAUAAUCUGUUGCUAACAAAAACAGGUAAACUGUUUCACAUUGACUUUGGUUAUAUUUUGGGCCGGGACCCCAAGCCCCUUCCUCCCCCGAUGAAGCUGAACAAGGAGAUGGUGGAAGGCAUGGGAGGAACCCAGAGUGAGCAGUACCAGGAGUUCCGUAAGCAGUGCUACACAGCCUUUCUCCACCUCCGCAGGUAUUCCAACUUGAUCUUGAAUUUAUUUUCCCUCAUGGUGGAUGCCAACAUUCCAGAUAUUGCUCUUGAACCUGACAAGACUGUGAAAAAGGAGAAGCAGGACCUGUCUGGGUGCCGAGUCGCUUUACCCGUGCAUGUCCACAAGAAAAGAUACCAACCGGCGGUGACACUCCUAGAGACACUCACAGAGACAGCGACGACUUAUCUGAAGCACCUCAAGAAGACGCGGAGAGUGCUGAAAAUUGACUGUUUUAAUAAUAAUCUAUCAUUGCACUAGCUUGACACUUAGAGACACAAUAAGUUAUUGGUUAAGGUUAAUAGCCUGCGUGCUACACUGUGUGCUUUUCACAAUGGGUGAAAUGUUAAGCAUGAGGGUGUUGGUUUUGAUCAGUGUGGUAGUAAAAACAAGAGCAGGGAUGUUUAACAUUGACACAAGGGAGAACAUGUGGGUUACUUGGGCCAAACAAACUAAACAGGAUUCCUUUUGUUUAUCUCUAGCGACGCCAUCCAAUCCUUUUAGAACCUGCUUGAUUGGAGUUCCACUGACCUCCAUGGCAGAGUUCAAGUCUUUAACCCCUGUCAGCAUUGACCCAAAAGGUGCUUUAAGACCACAAGCUGCUGCCAUAGCGCGAAACCUUAGAACUGCUGGUCCAGAGCCUCAGGAGCUUGAUCUUUUAGGUUCUGUGCCAGGAAACUAUUGUCUUGUCUUUGGGCGCUUUGCAGUAAAUUCAAGUCUAUUAAUCAUAGAUGAGCAGCAAUUGAAAGGCCACGCUACGUGGCUAUCCCCUCAUUCACCAUUGUAUUACAAUUACAUUGAGUAUUGGGUCAGAUCUGUCACGCAAUUGACAACAGCUACUAAGAGAUUGCCACCAGGAAUCUUUUUAGUUUGUGGAGAUAGAGCAUGGUCCACAGUACCUCCAAACAGUGUCGGAGGACCGUGUUAUUUUGGUAAACUAACUCUGUUCGCACCUAGUAUUCACCAGGUUCUAGGCUUGCCAAGAAAGGCUCAAUGAGUCAAGCGCAGUAUGUUUCAACUAGGUCCCAACUGCAGAGAUCAAGUUAAGUUAUGGCAGCCUGCAGCCGUGAUCUCAGCAUCCGUUUUUGCCCCAGGAGUUGCUUCAGCACAAGCCCUCACACAACUGAAACAUUUAGCCUGCUGGACAGGGAAACAGAUUAACAUAACGACGAAGUUGUUGAGUGAGCUUGCUGAAGAUGUUAGUGGCAUUCAUCAUUCAGUGCUCCAGAACCGAGCCGCGAUUGACUUCCUUCUUUUGGCUCAGGGGCAUGGAUGCGAAGAGUUUGAAGGCAUGUGCUGCAUGAAUUUAUCAGACCACUCACGGUCGAUACAUCAGCAGUUAGCGCAGUUGAGGGACAACAUGAAACACCUUGUAGUUGAAAACACUCCGUUUGACAAUUGGCUGAAAUCUUGGAAUCUCACCGGGUGGAUUGUGGAUUUAAUUCGUUUUGGUAUAAUGAUCUUUAUUGCUGUCAUAGUAGUUUUGACAAUAGUGCCUUGCUUGAUACAAUGCAUGCGCAAAUUAGCCGACCGUGCCUUAACGUCAGUUUGGAUAGCCCAAAAAGAAAAAGGGGGAACUGUGGCCGAGUUUCUCAGGUAUCGUGGGCAUGAUAUGCUCACAGAUACCAUUUGAGCUAUUCCAAACUAGGCCAAACUAGGCCUCAGGCCUGGGUCUAGUAGGCUGCAAAACGUUCAGCAUACGUAGUAGCAGAUAAACUUAUCUCCUACUAGGUAUGUGUUAAGGUAUGGACGCUCGCAGCAUAGAGGUAAUGGCACUAAAUCUCCGUAGCUACCUUAACCCUAGAUUGCUUACAUACUUUUGUAUGUUCACCGCCUAUCACAGUGCACCUGCUAACUGUAAACUAUUCGUUCUGUACUUAACCGGCCAUCUCGCGGAAUAAAGCGGAGUUCGUGCUGGAAACCAUACUGGUUGGUCUCACGUUACUCUAG